CUGGAAAAUGGAGUGUCGGCCGCUUACUACCGAACAGAAGAGACGAUUGCUGCUAAUAAGGGGGAUGCUGAUACUGAAGCAAGAACAAAUGCGGGUCAGGAGGUCUAUGUGGGUGCGGCCUUCAUGGUUGAGAAGAAAGCAAGAGAGCGAGUACCAUACACUGUUUCAGGUUAUGAGCGAACAGGAUCCGGAGCUCUUCUUCAAAUAUUAUCGAAUGACCCCCGAACUCUUUGAUAUAAUUCAUGGCCGUGUGCGGGAAAGGCUCACAAAGAUGCAUGUCGUUCAGGAGCCCAUCUCAUCUGGCGAACGUCUGGCUAUGACAUUAAGGUAUCUAUGUUCAGGUAAUGCCAUUGUUGACAUCGCCAAGGACUUCCGUGUCGGGCUGGAGACUGCAUGAGAAGCGAUCCACUUGACUCUCCAAGUGCUGUGGGAUGAUCUCGCUCCUCAGUAUAUGAAGCCUCCAAAUGAGAAAAUGUAGCGGAACAUUGCUGAUGGCUUCUGGAAGCGGUGGCAGUUUCUGAACUGCCUCGGAUCAGUGGAUGGCAAGCACGUUCAAAUUGUGGCACCAGCAAACUCUGGCAGCCUAUACUACAAUUAUAAGGGCACAUUUUCAAUCGUGGUUAUGGCUGUAGCAGACAGCGGAUAUCUAUUUCCUCUAGUCGACGUUGGGGCUCCUGGCCGCAUAAGUGAUGGAGGCGUCUUCAAACGCUCUCCAAUUGGCCGACAACUGCAUGCUGGUUUGCUGCAGCUGCCUUCGCUUUCACAGCUGCCUGGCUCCCACAAAACACUCCCGUUUGCCUUUAUAGGGGACGAGGCUUUUCAGCUGCGAGAAGACUUCAUGAGACCAUUCCUUGGAUAUAGGGAAGACCCUGCUGAGCGAAUAUUCAAUUACCGUCUGAGCCGUGCACGGAGAUGUGUAGAGAAUGCCUUUGGCAUUCUGUGGGCACGGUUCAGAAUCUUUCGUGGCCCCAUCAACCUGAGUCCUGAAAACGCCAAACGGGCUGUGAAGGCAGCGUGUUUGUUGCACAAUUUUUUGUGCAUGGAGUCCAACGGUCGCUCUUCAUAUAGCCCAGUUGGAUUUGCCUACCAUGAAGAUUUAUAUGGCAAUAUGAUUGACGGUGCGUGGAGAGCAACAGCCGACACAGAUUCGGCAACAUUUGGCCUGCAGCCAACGCAUGCGCGGCAGUGUGCUCACUCGGCAUUGCAGGUUCGCAAGCAGUAUGCAGCGUACUUUGCGAAUGAAGGAAAAGUUGCCUGGCAGUGGAAAACUGGAAAUUGAUGUACCCGCUGAUGAAGAAGGGCAAGAAUAGUGACUCAAUAUUGUGUAACUAUUCGUCUGGAAAAAGAUGUCAGGAAU